CAACAGCGGCAGCCUUCAGUACUGCGUGGCUUGGAAUUACAGCUAGCUCCGUUCUCUGCAAGCAGCCCAGGAAACAGUGAAACGGCGGAUUGGCGUCGGAUUGACAGAGCGAGGGAGAGAGAGAGAAAAGCAUUCAGCUCAGCAGACUCGGUGUGAAAUAACCGCGACGGGGCUCAGCUACAGAGAGGACAGGACAGACAUGGAUGACGGAUCACUCCUCACUUGCUGUCUACCCGGAGGCUUUUUCCUGCUCCAUCCAGGGCUGUGAUCUGGCCCUGAGGUGGUGCCCUUCUGCGCCGUAAACCCCGAGAGCACUCCCAGAAUACCGCCAACCCCCCGAAGGAUCUUCCACAAUCCACCUGGUUUUUUCCAGCUGCAAGGAAAUUCUCCCACAGGCCUUGUCGCAGCGAAUUAGCCAUUCCAGACAGGAUUGGUGGCUUUGAAACCCGUCGUCUGGGGAAACGGAGGAAAAACAAACAAAUUCAUAGAUACUCAACUGGGAUUUGUGGAUAUUUCUUGUGUUGUUGUCAGUGCUGUAUUUUUAUUAUUUAAUUAUUUUUGCCCGAGUCUUUGCUGACAGAAGCAGCCAACCAUUUGGCAUUCCCGAGCAGGAUUCCUUCUGAUGCUGGUUGGCAAGUGAUGACUGCAGGUUCAACCUGGGAGUGGGGUUCGAAAUGGAAGAGUCCAUAUUUACCCAGCGGACAUCCUGGAGCAAUUUAACAACCUCUUUCCGUGCGCUGGACUUGCUUAGGAAUGAAUGGAUGUAUGCCUGAUCGCUGCUGGAUUCCCUCCACCCAAUUCCUCUUUUAAUAAUUGCUAUUUUUUCUGUCUGUCUCUCUCAUGCUUUACAUCUAUUGUUCUCUAAUUUGUAAGAAAAAAGGAAUCUCAUUUCAGAAUUGGACCGUUUUUUUCCCCCUCUCUCGCCCUCAACCCACCUCACCUAACAUGAAAGCCCCGAAACAUAUUAAAAGAGCAUCAAGGAGAAGAGGAGGAAAGAUCUGAGAAACACAGACAGUGAACGAAAGAGGAAGAGAAACUGAAAGAAACAAGGAUAGGGAGAGAGGGAUUUUCUUGACAAGCCAAAAGGCCCCACUGCUCCUUUUUCACAUCGAGAAGAGUGGAAUUUUAAGAGAGAGAAGGGGCAAAAGGGGAAAAAAAAGAUGAAGAGGUAGACUGUGAAUGGAGAGAUACAAAGAAUAGCAAAAUAUAAAGGUCUGGAGACAGUAAGCCUCCAUUUUCAGACUUCCGUUGACUGGGUUACCUUCAUUCUGUAGUAUUGUGCUACCACUGAACUAGAAGAUAGAGAGAGGGAAAGAAAGAAAGAAAGAAAAAGAAAGAAAGAAAGAAAGAAAUAGAACACAGAGAGCAGCUUUUAAUGAUUCAGCUGCCCUGUAGUCAGGGGGACAAUUAGUAGUAUUUGAUUACAUGCCUUAAUUUCCCAAAUCAGGUGGCAAGUGACAGACAAAUAGCCUAGCCCACAAGAUAGACAGAUUUAAAGAGGAAGAGAUCAAGAAAGACAGGAGGGAGAGAUGUGCCAGUGAGGGGGAAGAGACAGACCGAUACAGAGAGAGAGAGAGAGAAAGAGGGCAGGAGAGAAUCAGGUACCACAGAUACAGGUUAUUAUCUCCAACCUUUUUAAUUGAGUUGGGGCUUUCUCCUCCCUCCGCAGCCCCACCUCUCUCCUCCUUUCUUUUCACUGGGAAAAGAUCGUUUGUUUCGAAGGGCCUUGCUGGACUGCAGGAGGGAGGCCUUCACGUAGUCUACCGCAGCGCCAAACUGAAAGGAGGGAAGAGAUACUAAGAUAGAGAUCAAGAAAAGAAAGAGAGGUUUCUUUUCUACCCCACCUCCUUUACUUCCUCCCUUCGACCCCAGUUUAAAAAAAAAAAACGAAAUGCGUUCUCCUCUCAGCGACGUUUUAUUUUCAUAGCUAGCAAUCUAUCAUUAUUCCCCCCAUCCCCCCUCCACUCUGACUCCCUCUGUAUCACACAGUGGAGGACGUGGAUUUAGUUAUCUCAUCACAGUUGGAUAUUUCUGCUUCUCCGACAGAAUUUUCCCUUUUUACCCCAGGGAUACAUCUUUUUCUCCGUGAGGUCAAAGCCGGGAAAUCUGACAUUGCUUUCACUGAAGAAAAAAAGGUCUCAUCCAUCCCUCCACUGCAGUGAGGGAAAAUAAUAUUUUUUUUAAAGAAAGAGAGCACGAGAGAGAGGAGGGAAAGGAGAGACAGAGAGAAAGGCAGGAAUCCUCCCGAGCCUCCACUCUUCUGUUCCCCUCAUUCCCUCAACUUCCAGGUCGGAUCCAGUGCGCUAUUCUCCACCACAACUUGCCUCCCCCUCUCCUCUUCCCCCUCCUCCUCUGUCGGGGUCCGUGGAUACUCUCUCUUCCUCUCCCCUCCUCUACUUGCCUCAUCUGUGGGAUCCGCCAGCAUUCCCGCGUGGGGACGACUGAGCCGGCUAGCUUCCACGCCGAUCCUUUGAUAUUAUCCGCUGGUGACGUCUGAUUCAUUCUCAGGUGGUGGACCAGGCAGCCAGAAGACCAUUCUCCAUGAGGAGCAGUGGAAGAUGCCGGCUCUGCCAGCGCUGCUGCUGUCGAUUCACUUCCUCUUCCUACUGCUGACCAUGGCCCCGCACUCUUUUAGCCAGGCCCCUGCCAUGUCUGCUGUCAAAAUGGCGGCCAUUUUAGAUGACCAGUCGGUGUGUGGGCGCGGGGAGCGGCUGGCCCUGGCGCUGGCCCGAGAGAACAUCAACAGCAUGAUGGAGGGGCCGUCUCGUGCGCGCGUGGAGGUGGACAUCUUCGAGCUGCAGAGCGAUUCGCAGUACGAGACCACGGAUACCAUGUGCCAGAUUCUGCCAAAGGGAGUGGUGUCUGUCAUUGGCCCUGCCUCCAGCCCUGCCUCGGGUUCCACUGUCAGUCACAUAUGUGGGGAGAAGGAGAUCCCUCAUGUGAAGAUCGGUCCCGAGGAGACGCCGCGGCUGCCCUAUCUGCGCUUCGCCUCCGUCAGCUUGUACCCCAGCAACGAGGACCUGAGCCUGGCCAUCGGCUCCAUCCUGCGCUCCUUCAGCUACCCUACGGCCAGCCUCAUCUGCGCCAAGGCCGAGUGCCUGCUGCGAUUGGAGGAACUGGUUCGUCGCUUCCUCAUCUCCCGGGAGACGCUGUCGGUGCGCAUGCUGGACGACAGCCUGGACCCCACCCCGCUGCUGAAGGAGAUCCGCGACGACAAAGUGGCCACCAUCAUCAUCGACGCCAACGCGUCCAUCUCUUACCUCAUCCUGCGAAAGGCGUCCGAGUUGGGGAUGACGUCAGCAUUUUACAAGUACAUCCUCACCACCAUGGACUUCCCCUUGCUGAGGCUGGACGAUGUGGUGGACGACCAGUCCAACAUCGUGGGUUUCUCCAUGCUCAACAGCAGUCACCCCUUCUACCUGGAGUUCAUCCGCAGCCUCAACCUGUCCUGGAGGGAGGGCUGCGACCUCAGCCCAUAUCCUGGCCCUGCGCUGUCGUCGGCGCUGAUGUUCGACGCGGUGCACGUGGUGGUGGGGGCCGUGCGCGAGCUCAACCGCAGCCAGGAGAUCGGCGUCAAGCCCCUCAGCUGCACCUCGCCGCUCAUCUGGCAGCACGGCACCAGCCUCAUGAACUACCUGCGCAUGGUGGAGUAUGAUGGUCUGACGGGACGCGUGGAGUUCAACAGCAAAGGCCAAAGGACCAACUACACUCUGCACAUCCUGGAGAAACACAGGGGAGGCCACAAAGAGAUCGGGAUCUGGUACUCCAACAACACCCUCUCCAUGAACUCCACGGUGCUGGACAUCAACGUGUCCGAAAGCCUGGCCAACAAGACCCUGAUUGUCACCACCAUCUUGGAGGACCCAUACGUGAUGCGCAGGGAUAACUACCAGGAGUUAGAGGGGAAUGCCCAGUAUGAAGGCUUCUGCGUGGACAUGCUGACGGAACUGGCCGACAUCCUCAAGUUCUCCUUCAGAAUCAAGCUGGUGGACGAUGGCCUCUAUGGAGCACCAGAGGUCAAUGGCUCCUGGACAGGCAUGGUGGGCGAGCUGAUCAACAGGAAAGCAGACCUGGCAGUGGCGGGUUUCACCAUCACCUCUGAGAGAGAGAAGGUCAUCGAUUUCUCCAAGCCUUUCAUGUCUCUGGGCAUCAGCAUCCUCUACCGCGUUCACAUUGGGCGUAAGCCGGGCUACUUCUCGUUCCUGGACCCCUUCUCGCCGGCCGUGUGGCUCUUCAUGCUCCUGGCAUACCUGGCCGUCAGCUGCGUUCUCUUCCUGGCUGCCAGACUGAGUCCGUAUGAGUGGUACAACCCACACCCGUGCGUGCGGGAUCGCAGGGACCUCCUGGAGAACCAGUACACCCUGGGCAACAGCCUGUGGUUCCCUGUGGGCGGCUUCAUGCAGCAGGGCUCAGAGAUCAUGCCCCGAGCCCUCUCCACGCGCUGUGUCAGCGGGGUCUGGUGGGCGUUCACGCUCAUCAUCAUCUCCUCGUACACGGCCAACCUUGCAGCUUUUCUGACGGUCCAGAGGAUGGAGGUGCCCAUCGAGUCUGCUGAUGACCUGGCUGACCAGACCAACAUCCAGUACGGCACCAUCCAGGGGGGGAGCACCAUGACUUUCUUUAUGAACUCGCGCUACCAGACGUACCAGCGCAUGUGGAACUACAUGCACUCCAAGCAGCCCAGCGUGUUUGUGAAGAGCACGGAGGAGGGCAUCGCCCGCGUGGUCAACUCCAAGUACGCCUUCCUGCUGGAGAGCACCAUGAACGAGUACCACCGCCGCCUCAACUGCAACCUCACCCAGAUCGGAGGCCUGCUGGACACCAAGGGCUACGGCAUCGGCAUGCCCCUCGGCUCUCCGUAUAGAGAUGAGAUCACUCUGGGCGUGCUGCAGCUGCAGGAGAGUAACCGGCUGGAGAUCCUCAAGCGCCGCUGGUGGGAGGGGGGACAGUGCCCCAAAGAAGAGGACCACCGGGCCAAAGGCCUGGGCAUGGAAAACAUCGGUGGGAUCUUCGUGGUGCUGAUCUGCGGCCUCAUCAUCGCUGUGUUCGUGGCCAUCAUGGAGUUUGUGUGGUCCACGCGCCGCUCUGCCGAGACUGAUGAGGUACGCCCUCACACCUGCCACGGCCGACAUCACAGACACCCCCCAGUGUCUGUGUGUCAGGAAAUGAUGUCAGAGUUCCGGAAUGCCAUCUCCUGCAAAAAGAGCUCCCGUUCCCGCCGGCGACGACCCCUGUCCAGCUCGGCCGUGCUCAGGCACCCUGCCCGCCUGACGCUGGGCGGCCCGCGGCCACUGCGGCUGGUGCGCGAGAUGCGUCUGAGCAACGGCAAGCUGUACAGCGGCAUGGGCCCACUGACGGGCGGAGGCCCCCCCCUCGGUGCCGGGGGAGGAGCAGCAGGCGGCACCCUGGGGCCCCCGGGCCCUGCGGACAUGGGCCCGGGGCCACAGCGCCUCCUGGAGGACCCGCUGGGCGCCGGCAUGUCCAGCACGCCCCCGCCGCCUCUGGCCCAGGCCCAGGCCCCGCCGCCAGGCGCAGUGGGCGCCCCGAUGGUAGUGGCGCCGCCGUCGGCGCGCGGCUGCACCCACGUGCGCAUCUGCCAGGAGUGCCGGCGCAUCCAGAGCCUGCGCUCGGCCUCCUCGUCCUGCUCCCGGAUCCCGCCGCUGCCCUCGGCCACCAGCUCCCUGCCGCGCCUGCCGGCGCCGCCGCCCUCCUCCUCCAACACGGACAGCGAGGGGGGCGGCUCGGCCAGCCCACGCCGCCACAAGUCCAAGCCCGCCCCUCCACCCCGCCCCCUGCCUCCGUGCAAAUCCCCCUCCACAGACUUACUGAGCAAGCAGGACUGAGAAGAGAAUGUACAGGCAGGGAGGAAAGGUGGGGGCAUUCACCCAGAGAGAGACUCGUUGAAACUCCUGCCACCCCACCCCACCCCACCCUAUCCCACCCCGCAACCCCACCCCUCCGAUUUCAAAGGAAAGAGACUCGACAAACAAAGCAGCUGAUGGAGGAGAGGCCCACUUUAUAACAAGCCCUCUGUAUAACUGAUCAACAAAAACAAACAAAUGAACAAAAACAAUGAAUCGAAAAGGUUGACAGAGGAAGGGGAAGAGAGAGUGUGUGUGUGUGAGAAAGAGAGAGAAAGAGAGAGGACAGAGGCUCUCAUGGUCCUUGCGAGACAGGACACCUCCAUGACAUGUGGCUCAGCGCUAGGCUGCGCCCUAUGGGGUUCAGGUCGACAAAUAAAAAAGAAAAACAAAAAAAAAAACCCAGUCGACCUACGUGGCCCUGCUCUAUGCAACAUGUCUGUGCGCUCAUGUAGGUCGGUUUCCCAUGAUUCCCAUCAGGAGGAUACGGCAGCUCUUUCUUCCUCGGAGACAGGAAGUCAGCUCACCUGGUCUGGAAUCUAUCCUCUGAACACUGAAUAUAAUCUGGAGGACUAACAUAGACCAUAAGAGAGAGAGGAAAAGAGAGAGCUAAGAGAGAGUAGGUUCAGAGUGACAAACACCACUGAGAAAGUGAGGCGUGAAGGUGCAUUGAGACGUGGGUGCAAACGUCAUCUUUAACGGAAGUCUUAUAUUCACCCUUGAACUUAACAUUAUUCAGAAUGACUUUUAAAAGUAAAGGGCAAAACGAAGAUGAUGAUGAUAAGAGGAAGACAUCAGUGGUCCAGUUUUCUUUCCUUUCAAGCUAUUUGCUUAUUUUCUUUUUCUAUAUUCCUUUGUUUGCUUUCACUCAGUGUGUUGUUAUUUUUUUUCUACCAUAGCUGGUUCCCGUAUUUCGGGCUGGUUGCCAGGGAAACAAAUGUCUGAGAUUUGUCAUGUUCUGUUUUUUUCCCUGUCAGAGGUGGAACAGGAGUGCGGAACAACAAGACAAGAGACUGAAAAUUGGACCGUUGUUCGUUCUCAGUAGAAACAUACCGACAUGGGUGGGCACUUGUGCUCCUGAUGAAGAGGUUUGGGGAAAAAGAAACUGUCAUCAGGCACUGACCACAAACAGUCCUGUCCAGGCAUAUGUACGCUUGUUCUUUCCUGGUUUAAGAGGGAGUCCAUGUUAUUGUUCAUCUUAUGUUAUGCAUGAGAUUGUGUGUGUGUGUGUGUGUGUGUGUGUGUGUGUAUGUGUAUGCAUGCGUGUGUGUCUGUGUGUGCCUGAGAGAGAGAGAGAGUGUG